CGCCCCCGCCGAUGCGUCGCCGCGCCCCCGCCGCGUCGCCAUGGUGUCCUGGAGCAAUGGGUCGCAGCGAGCACACCGUGGAGUACGUCAGCUCAGCUUCUGACGACGGCAUCAUUAAGAUCCCUGCUACCACUGAAGACUCCGAUUUCGAGGGACCUGAAACGGAGUCGCUUGUUCUCUGCAAUGAACAUGGGAUGGCCGCAGAAAGGCGUGUUGCUUUCAAAGGAAUCCACACUGGCAGGAGGUUUCUUUGCUGUGCUGAGAAGGUAUAUUGUGAUUUGUUUUUUCUGGAUCUGUACUGUGGAGGCAGACAUUGCAGGUUUAUUGUUAAGUUUAGUUGUAUUGUUAAGUUAGGAAAGUGGAUUAGAAGCAAUUGUUUACUCUGGCAACAUUGUUAAGUUAGGUCACUUAGUUUAGUGUAGGACAAAGGACAAAGGACAAAGGAUGCAACUUGUUUAGUCUGACAUGUUAGGUCAUUUGAUUGUUUUUGUUUACUUUAGAGCAGGACAACAUUGUUUAAGUAGCAUGAGGACAGGUUGAAGUAGUCCUCUCUUCAGCUAGCAAGUUCAAGCUCUGAAUUUGAGGAUAGUAUUUAAAUA